UUGCAGCUUCAUUCCGACCAGGAUAAAGGAGACAGUACACUUAAAUACAUCCUUUCGGGAGAUGGAGCAGGAGACCUCUUCAUUAUCAAUGAGAACACUGGAGAUAUACAGGCCACAAGGAGACUGGACAGGGAAGAGAAGCCUGUCUACAUUCUCCGUGCUCAAGCUAUCAACAAAAAAACUGGAAAGCCAGUGGAGCCAGAGUCAGAGUUCAUCAUUAAGAUCCAUGACAUCAACGACAACGAGCCACUGUUUACAAAGGACACUUACAAUGCCAGCGUCCCAGAAAUGUCUGAUGUAGGUACAUUUGUCGUGCAAGUCACAGCAACUGAUGCCGACGACCCUACGUAUGGGAACAGCGCUAGAGUUGUCUACAGCAUUCUCCAGGGGCAGCCAUAUUUUUCCGUCGAGUCUGAGUCAGGCAUCAUCAAAACAGCUUUGCUGAACAUGGAUCGAGAAAACCGAGAGCAGUACCAAGUGGUCAUCCAAGCCAAGGACAUGGGAGGACAGAUGGGUGGAUUGUCAGGAACCACCACGGUGAACAUCACAUUGACGGAUGUCAAUGACAACCCACCUCGUUUCCCCCAGAGUGCCUACCAGUUCAAAAUCCAUGAGUCUGCACCUCUCAAUUCACCGGUUGGCAGGAUAAAAGCUACUGAUGCUGAUGUGGGUCAAAAUGCAGAGAUGGAAUACAGCAUCAUCGAAGGGGAUGGCUCAGAAAUGUUUGGCGUCGUCACAGACAAGGCGACACAGGAAGGCAUCGUAACAGUGAAAAAGGCUUUGGAUUUUGAAAAGAAGAGACAGUUCACUGUGAAAGUGGAGGCAAGCAAUCCUCACGUGGACCCCAGAUUCCUCUAUCUGGGACCCUUCAAAGACGUUACGACUGUCAGAAUUGUGGUGGAGGAUGUAGAUGAACCUCCAGUGUUCAGCAGGCCAGCCUAUGUAUUUGAAGUGAAAGAAGAUGUCCAGAUAAACACUGUCAUAGGAACCGUGACUGCCCGAGACCCUGACGUUGCAAGGAAUCCUAUCAAGUAUUCUGUAGAUCGGCAUACUGACAUGGACAGAAUAUUCAACAUUGAUUCUGGAAACGGUUCAAUAUUUACUUCCAAACUUCUUGACCGGGAAACAUUAUUGUGGCAUAACAUUACAGUAGUAGCUUCCGAGAUCAACAACCCGAAGGAAAGCAGCCGCAUCCCAGUGUUCAUUAAAGUCCUGGACGUGAAUGACAACGCCCCAGAGUUUGCCAUGUUUUACGAAACCUUCGUCUGCGAAAACGCAAAGGCCGAGCAGCUCAUACAGACCUUAAGUGCUGUUGACAAAGACGACUCUUUCGGCGGACACAAAUUUUCCUUCUCGCUGGCUCCCGAAGUAGCCAGCAGCUCCAAUUUCACCCUCCAGGACAACAGAGAUAACACAGCCGCGAUCUACACAAGGAGAACCCGGUAUAACAGACACGAGAUGAAUAUCUACCUCCUGCCCGUGGUAAUAUCGGACAACGACUACCCGAUUCAGAGCAGCACGGAAACCGUGACCAUCCGAGUGUGUGCCUGUGACCAGAGAGGGAAAAUGCUCUCUUGUAACGCCGAAGCGCUGAUCCAUCCAACCGGACUCAGCACAGGCGCUCUGAUCGCGAUUCUCCUCUGCAUCAUUAUACUGCUAGUUACAGUGGUGCUGUUUGCAGCCUUGAGACGGCAACGGAAGAAAGAGCCUUUGAUCAUUUCCAAAGAGGACAUCCGAGACAACAUUGUCAGUUACAAUGACGAAGGUGGCGGAGAGGAAGACACCCAAGCGUUUGAUAUUGGCACGCUCCGGAACCCUGAAGCCAUAGAAGACAAUAAACUGCGACGAGACAUUGUGCCAGAAGCUCUUUUCGUGCCGCGUCGGACUCCAGUGGCGCGGGAUAACACCGACGUCAGAGAUUUCAUUAGCCAAAGGUUAAAGGAGAAUGAUUCGGAUCCAACAGCGCCCCCUUAUGACUCAUUAGCAACCUACGCAUAUGAAGGCAAUGGCUCUGUGGCAGAGUCUCUCAGCUCCUUGGAGUCGGUGACCACGGAUGGAGACCAGGACUAUGAUUACCUCAGUGACUGGGGUCCGCGGUUUAAAAAGUUGGCCGACAUGUACGGUGGGACAGACAGCGACAAAGACUCUUAAUACGUUGCCUUUUUUCCAUUUUCAAGAAACAGCAUUGAAAUGUGUGGCAUUGCUACGUCUUUCUAUUUAUCCCACAGUUAUUUGAAAGGGUCCUCUACCAGUUCGAAUAGUUUCCGUGACUGCAGUCUUUGUGGAUCCAAUGUCAUCCUCUCCGACCCCCCAAAUAUAAUUUGAACAUCCAAGAGGCAAAUAAUGUGGUGGGUGGAGGGGGGGAGUAGGGAAGAAAAUUUCCUUAUUUUCUGUGCAACCCUGUAUACCAAAACAGUCAAAGAGGCACAAUGGCAGGGAGAUGGAGGGACAAUGGAAACGGAAUAACAGUUUUAACUUGUUCUACUUUAUCUUCUAAAUUGGAUUAUCUUACUCUUAUAUUUCACCAAAUAAUCUCACUGUAUUUUAAUUACGCAGCUCA